CGUAAGAGGGUUAGGGUGUUAUUCUCUCGUCCGAAAGAUCGACGAAAAAAGCUGUCGGAGAGUGAGGAUAAAGAGUUUUCAGCGCAGGUCGCCUGUAAUUCAUUACUGAGAAGUUUCAUUCAUUAAUCUCCUUUGCAGAGCUUCAUCAAGAAAGCUCAGGGUCAUCGAGCCCAAUUGGAUGUAUCAUCUUUACUGAAAAGUUCCUUGUGAGAAACGAUCGCUGGGUAAGGCAGAGGCCCAAGACGCCGCUAAAAUGUGCUAGCUUGACCUGAACUGCCUUUCCGUGGUGGCUCUGAAAUCCUAAUUAAAGAAAAACUGCCGCGACUCCUACAGUAUUGCUGGAGAGGUUGUGGCGGAGUCCGCGCUGAGUGAUCGCGUGCGCCGCUCCGUGGGCAGGACAAUGCGCGCCUGUCACGUCGGCAAAUGGACGCUCUUCACCACUUCAGUGCCACCACAUCAAAGAAACUCUGUUCCUCGCUCCUCAACCUCCACAAGUGCGCUGGCUCUUGUCAUUGCCACGUGCUGUGUCACGCAGUGAACACCUUCCUUCGCUCUACACCACGAGUCUGUUCCGUGAUGGACCAGCGGCAAGAGAUUAGGAUUCGCGGCGAUUUGGGCAUUUUCUCAAAUGCUAACCGAAUUAAGACCAUGUGCUAUCACCGUUCCACUAAUGUUGUAUUUAGGAAAUUUUCACGCAAACACGAGUGCAAGGUCGUGAACGACAAUCUUAAAAGUGAGCGUGCUGCUGUAAACUGUGAUAACACGUUCUUGGUGAAAAGAGAAUGUAAAGAUGCGGCAGACUUACUCUACAUGCAACGAAGUGAAGAGACGGAUUACUCAUUACUCAGUUCAGCCCACAAAUCAAAUCCUGUCAAGAGGCCUCUGCACUGGACUCGUUUAUUUCCUACCGCAUCUAGUUUGAGAGUUUAUUUAAUUAUAUUAUUGUUUCUUGCUCAGUGUUCGGCCAAACUAGUGGCUGGCUUUUCUAGUCAACUGAUUCUAAGGGAAAAAGUGAAAAACCAUCCUCCUCAUCAAGCGAUUUAUCCGAUGUUCUCUUCUGCAUCUGUGUCACGGUCCAUCCGCAGUUCAGACAACUCGGCAGAAGCCGACUUCUCAUACCCUCUCAACUCAACGCUCGCGUUCGCAAGAUUUUCGGACGCAAAUUCUACUUCACCUAAAGUUCCAGAUUCUUGUGAAGUCUCUAACAUCAAAUGCGCCCUUCGAUCUGGAUGCGGCAUGGCGCUUCAGAAAUACAUGCUGGACUGCGCUGACUUGAUCAGCGGCCGCACCGAGCGCUGCGACGACCACUGCAAGGACAGCCUCCUCAUCCUCACCUCGACCCAAGAGGGCCGCGCUCUCAUGGAGUGCGCGUGCAGCGACCAGUUCUGCGAAGAUACCAAGGCGCGGCUGGAGGUGUGCCGGGAGGAGGUGCUGCGGCUACAGGCGCACUACGGCGAGUACUCUUGUCGCCUCGCACAUCUCCUCUGCACCGCCGACACUCGCUGCGCCACCGCCAUCGCUUACUACGACAAGUUCUGCCGCAGGAUGUUCUCCGGCAGGAGCUGCUCGGCUCGCUGCAACAACAGCAUCUCGAUCCUGCAGCGGCAGGAGAAGGCUGCUCGGCUGGAGGCGUGCGAGUGCGAUGGCUCAGAGCCGUUCGACUGCCACAACAUCAAGAAGAACAUGGCGAGGCUUUGCUUCCACAAGCUUUCGGAGGAGGAGAAGCAGCAGGAGGAAGAGGAAACCAACGAGAUCGACACUUCCCGGCUGGGAGACAAGUCUCGAGCAGCCACAGCGUGUCUCAGUCUCCUUCUCUUUGCUGCCGUCGGGGUGGCGUCUAUGGCUCAGGCUACUUCAUGGAGGGUAUAUACGCGAAAUGGCCUGUACUAGUCUACCUACGAUGAGAAUGUGCGACUUAUGUGCUAUUGAAUUUUUGUUUUUAUAUCUGAAAUUUGAACUCAUUGCAGUUUAUUGUCACCAUUCAAAGUCCCAAAACUUUUCACAUGUCAAGCGGUUAUGACACAGACGCGCAGCCAAACGAACGUUAAUCAAGUGCAUUUGGUUUUCUGUUUCACAUCAGGAUGUUCGCCGCUAGGAUACAUCAAUUUUUUCUUCUAAAUUUUACUGCAGUGAUCGGUAACACGAUAGGGGAAGUUCUCAUGAAAGCGUGCAGUGUUAUUAUGAUUUAGUGAGGUGAUAUAGGAUUUCUGGUGAAACUAAAUAUAUCUCAUAAUGAAAGUAAGCUGAAAUCUUUUGCACAAUAAACCCCAUCCGAAAUCUUAUUGUAUUUUAAAGGAAAUCUUGAGGUAAAUCGAGGUGUAAAGCUUUCAAAAGCAUUUUUGAGAUUUUGAUGCAUCCGAAUUGCUACUUUCAUUUCACCUCAGACAUGCUUGCAUCGACAUGCCACUCGGAGUUCUUCCUCAAGCGUAGCCUCUGAGUCAAAAAUCGAUAAAAAUGGCUUUUCAGUUUUGUUAGCUCAUUUGUAGCCGAGAACAAGACCCUUUUAAUGCAGCAGGUCAUGAGCAUGCACGUGCCUCGUGUUGCACCUGAGGCAGUUUUUAACUUGUAAAAAUUUUUUAUAAAUGUUUAUAAAUUUAGCUUCACAAGAAGUUGUAGACUUUUUCAUUACUUGGACUACGUUGG